UCUGGGAGAUGAAAAUGGCAGCGCCGGGGCUCCGACUUGGAAUGCGAAGACUGCUAGAGGUGUCGGCGGCGCUAGGGCGCGUAUGCCGAGCUUACAGUACGCCUCAGGCCUUUGCUGAGGUGCUUCGGCUGCCGAGGAGACAGCUGACGAAGCUGGUAUACCCGCUGCAGGAGCUCGAGCAGCACCUCGCGCCAGACGCGAGGUCAGACUUGUGCCUGAGGGUCUUCGAUCCGAGCCUGGAGGACUUGGCGAGGGCAGAGAGCUUCUUCACGGCCAGCCCCCGGAACCGCAUCGAGUACCUCAGCUCCGCCGUGCGUCUGGACCACGCCCCGGACCUCCCCCGGCCUGAGGUGUGUUUUAUAGGCAGAAGCAAUGUUGGAAAAUCCUCCCUAAUAAAGGCUUUAUUUUCACUGGCCCCUGAGGUUGAAGUCAGAGUCUCCCAAAAGCCGGGGCACACAAAGAAAAUGAAUUUUUUCAAAGUUGGAAAAUAUUUUACAUUGGUCGACAUGCCAGGUUAUGGCUAUAGAGCACCGGAAGAUUUUGUUGAUAUGGUAGAGACCUAUCUAAAAGAACGAAGGAAUUUGAAGAGAACAUUUUUAUUAGUGGACAGUGUUGUUGGAAUUACAAAAACAGAUAAUAUUGCUAUAGAAAUGUGUGAAGAAUUUGCAUUACCUUACGUGAUGGUAUUAACAAAAACUGACAAAUCUUCCAAGGGACAUCUUUUAAAACAAGUGCUUCAGAUCCAGAAGUUUGUUAACAUGCAAACCCAAGGAUGUUUUCCUCAGUUGUUUCCUGUAAGUGCUGUGACCCAUUCUGGAAUCCAUUUAUUAAAAUGCUUUAUAGCAAAUAUAACAGGAAACCUUGAUUCACGGCUCCCGGUUUAGCUGAAGAUUCAGAAUUCUUCCUACCAACUGAACAUAAACACUAGAAGAAUCAACAUUGUUCUUAAUGUGUACUUGUAACAUGGAGGAGGCUCAUUUCAGCUUUAAAACCUGCAUCUUGGGGCCGGCACUGUGGUGUAGCAAGCUGAGCCUUCACCUGGGGUGCCGGCAUCCCAUAUGGGCGGCAGUUCGAGUCUCAGCUGCUCCUCUUCUGAUCCAGCUCCCAGCUUUGGCCUGGGAAAGCAGUAGAGGAUGGCCCAAGUGCUUGGGCCCCUGCACCUGCAAGGGAGACCCGGAGGAAGCUCCUGGCUCCUGACUUCCAGAUCUGCCUAACUCCAGCAGUUGUGGACAUUUGGGAAGUGAAAUGGAAGACUUUUCUCUCUGUCUCUCCCUCUCUCUGUCUGUACCUCUACCUCUCAAAUAAAUAAAGAUUUCUCUGUCUGUUUUC